AUGCCAUCCAAACCCGAUACUCGAAAGACACCACAACUAGGUAGCGAUGACCUGGUACCUUUUGACCAUGUCGCUGCAGGACAUGACGGUGUUCGCUGCACAGUUUCCGGCGCCCUAAUUGCGAAGCCAUGCACAAAACAAGAAGUCGAGUUCUACGAGUCGAGUGCCCUCCACCCAGCGUUCCAGGAGUUCAUGCCCCUCUACAUUGGCUCGCUCUCGUCCGCUGAACAGCAGCAGCCUCUGGCAAUUGCUGCUGCUAGAGAUUCCGGAGCCCUUUUUCUUCCCCAGUCUGGCGAUGCAGCCGUCGAAUCCCCAAAUCCGAGCGAGCCGCAGUCGCACACAGCCGCCGCGCAACAAAUCCCUUCAGGCCCCGGUAAGGAGGACGCAGCAUGGGUUCCCUCUGGUGGCAAGAAGCUAGAUACUGGAUUGUCGAUCGUGUUAGAGAAUGUUGCUUGUGGAUUCCGUCGGCCAAACGUGCUCGACGUGAAGCUCGGCGCGCGACUAUGGGCUGACGAUGCGCCACCCGCGAAGCGGAACAAGCUUGACGUGGUGUCUAAAGAGACUACGAGUUCUAGCCUGGGCUUCCGCAUUGCGGGAAUGAAAAUUUGGACUGGGGUGAAUGGUGAGACCGAUGAGGGCGAACGAACUAAUCCAUACGAUACCAAAUGCGAGGGUGCGGAGGGCGAAAAAGGCGAAGUUAUUGAAAAAGACGGUUAUCGACGAUACGACAAAUGGUAUGGUCGCUCUUUCAACGAGGAUAAUGUCAAGCAAGGCUUCGAGACCUUCCUCGCUGGUGCAAAAGCGGGCAAAGUGGACCGGUCACAAAUGGUCGCUCGGCGCCUAGCGGAAGAAUUGAAAAAUGUCCAGCAGGUCAUUGAAUCUGAAGAGAGUCGAAUGUACUCUGCUAGUGUAUUGGUGAUCUAUGAAGGAGAUCCAGAGGCGAUGGAGCUCGCAAUUGAAGAAGAACAGAAAGUUACAGAACGCCGUUCUAUGGAGGAAGAGGAUGAUGAGGACGAGGAUGACCAGGAGUUUGAGGUCCCUGAAGAAGCCAUGCAGCUUGUCGAUGUCCACCUUGGCGACGGAUUGCCUCAGCAGGCCAUCAACAUCAGCACUGAUCCACAGACUAUGCCUAUGCCUAUGCCAACCCUGGACGAUGAGGAUGAAGAUGAAACUCCCAAGGUCCAUGACCUCCGUCUGAUUGACUUUGCACAUGCCAAUUGGACACCUGGCCAGGGCCCAGAUGAGAAUAUUCUCAAGGGAAUUCGCAGUCUGAUUACCAUCUUUGAGGGAAUGGCAGAGUGA